GCAGGAGGCAGAGGCCUUGAGCGUGUCUGUCUGCGGAACUAAGAGAAGCGACACUUUCAGAUUCAACCCACAUAGAACUGUCCUUCACGCUUCUGGGAGCCCAGGGAUGUGUGGCCCGCAAAGGGGCGGAAAGUGAUUAUUGCCCCUGGAUGGGCUCUCUCUAAGAAAAGCCGGGGUCUCCAAGGGAGUGUCCCACCAGAGAAGAGAGGGAAUGAGCGAGUCGUGAAUUUUAGACUGUUGCUGCUGCCCCUGGACCUCUAGCGAGAUGCCUGGCAAGAGCUAGGCUCCCUGGGCCACGCAGAUCCUGUCAGCACGCUUGGGGAGAGCAAGAUGGCUGUCAAUAGCACUGCCCUGUUGUUGGCCAAGGUUACCUACAUCACCGUGGAGAUUGUCAUCGGGCUCUGUGCCAUCGUGGGCAACGUGCUGGUCAUCUGGGUGGUCAAGCUGAACCCCAGCCUGCAGACCACCACCUUCUAUUUCAUUGUCUCCCUGGCCCUGGCUGACAUCGCCGUUGGGGUGCUCGUCAUGCCUUUGGCCAUUGUCAUCAGCCUGGGCAUCACCAUUCACUUUUAUAACUGCCUUUUCAUGACCUGCCUGCUGCUGAUCUUCACUCAUGCUUCCAUCAUGUCCCUGCUGGCCAUUGCUGUGGACCGAUACCUGCGAGUCAAACUUACAGUCAGAUCCAGGAUUCCUGGGACCCCUGGGCAUGGUUUGUCAUUCCAGUUGAAGGUUGUUCACUUCCUUCCAGUCAUGGGGUCCUUCAUUCUGCUCUUCUGGACUGUCCUUUCAGAUGCCAUGGUCAUGGACGAAAAGGUCAAGGAAAGUUCUGUGCUGGACAUGGCUUCCGCUACCUGCAGCUACAAUACCCACUAUAAGGACCACCCCAAAUACUGGUGCCAAGGCUACUUCCGGGACUACUGUACCAUCAUUGCCUUCACACCCAACAGUACUGACCGCGUGGCCCUGAGGGACACAGGAAGCCAGCUCAUCAUCGCUGUGUCCUGCCUGACCAAGGAGGAUGCGGGCUGGUACUGGUGCGGCAUCCAGCGGGACUUUGCCAGGGAUGACAUGGAUUCUACAGAGCUGGUUGUGACGGACAACAGAGGAGGCCUCGCCAGUGAUUUUUGGUCUGGGAAAAACCUAUCAGACAAAAAUACCAGAAGCUGCCGGGCUUCAGGAGUGGUCCACAAGGCCGAUCGCUCCAGGAUGUCCAUUCUCAUAAUCUGCAUACUGAUCACAGGCUUGGAGAUCAUCACUAUAAUCAGUCAUUUGUCCAAAAGAAGGAGAAGUCAAAGGAAUAGAAGGGUAGACAAGUCACUGAAGCCCUCCUCAUGUGUCCUGACUCCACAGAAAAUGGUUUAUCCUGAACAGAUGUGACUGAAGAUUUAUUUAGUUUAUAAAUUAAGUGAUCCUGCAAUAGAGUCGUCAUGAUUGUGACAUCUCAGGUAUUCUGCAGGACCCUCCGACUUGCCAGCGAUCACUUGCAGCUAGCUGAGAACAGCAGUAGCAAGUGAAGAAGAGGGGCAGAAUCUGGGUCAGGGGGCCCAGAGAUCACUUGUGUUUUCUUGGUUCGCCAAUAAAUUCCUGAUUGGUGUUGAAUGAACCCUCUGGUACGACUAACUUCUCCUGGGAUAUCCCUGGAGAAUGUAUUUCCAGAAAAGUUUCAAGUACAAUAUUGCAAUAUUUAUUUCUGCCUUGGUAUUACCUACUGUCUUACCAAAGCAAGGGAUAUAAGCCAAACCAGCAGGUCUCAGGUUCUCUGGGUGAAAAGAUUGUCCUCUAAUGGGACACUGUCCCCAGACUGAAUGGAUGCCGCUCUGGAUCAGUGAGAAACCAAGGUGUGGUGAGUGAAAUAUUCAGUCAAAUACAGAAGCACAAAUCGAGACUGAGGGAGGCAUCAGCAGCCAUGGGUGCAAGGGAGGCUGUACUGUCCAUAAAUACCAGAACUCCCACCUGCAUGUCUGCACCUUCUCAACCCAUGUGGAGUCUUCCCUGCUAUUUCAGAGAGUCCCCAGGGGCUCCCCAUCCCUGCCUCUGCUGCCCUUAUGAACCCCUGCUCUUCUGGUGUCUUAUAAACAAGGGUCCUGGCCAGUCUCAGGACUCAGGAUGCUCGGCGGCCCCGGGGUCAGUGCAGGGCGGGGGCAAGGAGACUGGCUCUUGACACGAUUCCGCACCUGCUCUGCACAUUUUGGUCUAGGCUCUCACAGCGUCUUUCAUGAACACGGUUCCUUCAGUUUCCACCCCAACCCCUCCAUCGGUGGGGACCUCGAAGCUACUCAGCAGCCUGAUGGGAAGGGGCGGGCUGAGGGGACCAUCCCAUUCCUGCCAGCUCCUUGUUUCCUGUGACCAGUCCCCCUGCGUCCCAGAGUCUCAGAUUCAAGAACAUCAAAAGUGCUGCCUUUUUCCUCAGCCACAAAACAACUCCAGUCCCUCCUCCGUGGCCACAUAUUGAAGGACAAACCCACUGGUUCUACAAACAGCAAAUCCGGUCUGGGCUCCCUUAGGCCAUGCUCCUGUCCAAGGCAAGAAAGCAGGCGUCAAUCUUUUGCGAUACAUGAAGACACCUCUAGUUGUCAUGCAGGGUUUAUACUUAUGUAUCUGGAGAACCGUUUCCCCUGAGAAUCCUACAGGUUUGUUCUGAUUCCACGAACCAGGGUUCUAGAGCCUUUUCUUCUUUCCUUCCCUGGCAAAGACCUUCUAAAUCUACGGUCAAUUAUUUAAUUACUCAUUUCACCCUCCAGCAAGACUAGGGGCACACCAGUU